AUGCCCCUGGAGCAGCCGCGGAAGCUUCUGGAGGAGCAGUGGGAGCUCCCCGCGCGCCUGGUGCUUCAGCGUGUGGGCAAGAGCAGUUUGCUGUUGCGCUUUGCAGAUAAUACGUUCUCAGGUAGCUACAUUACCACAAUUGGAGUUGAUUUUAAAAUACGGACGGUUGAAAUUAAUGGAGAGAAAGUGAAGCUACAGAUCUGGGACACAGCUGGACAGGAGCGCUUCCGGACCAUCACAUCAACGUAUUACAGAGGAACACACGGGGUCAUUGUUGUCUACGAUGUAACCAGUGCAGAAUCUUUUGUGAAUGUGAAACGAUGGUUGCAUGAGAUUAAUCAGAACUGUGACGAUGUCUGCCGGAUACUAGUGGGGAAUAAGAAUGAUGACCCAGAACGAAAAGUGGUAGAGACAGAAGAUGCCUAUAAAUUUGCUGGGCAGAUGGAGAUUCAAUUAUUUGAGACCAGCGCCAAAGAAAAUAUUAAUGUGGAAGAGAUGUUUAAUUGCAUUACAGAGCUAGUUCUGCGAGCAAAGAAAGAAAACCUAGCAAAGCAGCAACAGCAGCAACAGAACGAUGUGGUGAAGCUAACGAAGAACAGUAAACGGAAGAAGCGCUGCUGCUAAUGCCCUUUCCCGGCAGCAGAGACUCUGCUCUCAGACAGAUCAGCCCCUUCAACUAGACUCGGGCAAUUCCACUGGGGCAGGCUUUGGGAGGACUUUCUCAGUUUUGUGCCGUUAUUUAAAGAUUAUUUUUUCUCUGUGUUUUCUAUCAAGAGGCGCUGGCACUUCACCACUUCAGUGCCAAGAAGGUAUCGGAUGGAAUCUUGCCCCCCUCCUCUCCUCCCCUGCUCAUUCCAGCGCGCCUUGUAGACAAGAAAGGACGUUGCCUACCAAGUGGACUAAUUAACCCAAGAGUUUGUACAUAAUGUAUAUUGCUUUAACCAGCCUCGCAUCCCGUCGUCGCUUUUGGCUUAUGCCUUCUUAAUGUCAACCAAUCAUGGACUGCAGAACGCAUCUUUUUACAGAAAUAGUAUCAAGUUCUUCACUCAAGUUUGCCCCAGGCUGGCAGCGACCGCUUCCCGGGGCUUUGGACUUCAUUUCUUUUGGGCUUCAGGCUGGCAACUGGUGCCCCUGGGGCUUCCCUUUGAGCUCCAGGCUUUUGCUGGGUCUCGGGCUUUGUUUUCUAGGUACCAGGAUUGCAGGUGCUGCUGCUGGAGCCUGGGGUUUCACGUCACCAGCCCCUGGGCUGGCAGCUGCUGCUGCUGGGGCCUUCAGUUUCAGUUUGCCACGGUCCAGGUUUGUGGCUGGGUUGUUGGGUUCUGCUACCUUGUGCUGCAACCCAGCUGUACCUGUGCUCUCCUUUAGUUUGUAUCCGGAUAAUGAAAAUUAUACCAACCUGCACAAGUGGGAGUUAUUUGGAUUAAACUUCUUUUUUUCAAAAAACAAAACAAAAUUGACCUCUGGUCCUGCCAAGAUUCUAAGUGAGAGUCCAUUUCUCAUGAGAAUAAGCAAAACGUGAUUCUGCCAAAAAAAAAAAAAAAUUCUUCUCCUUAUUGCCCUGUCCACAAUUAAGAAAUCUGAAUUUGAAUGUGAAUUUUGGUAGCAAAACUUUCAGAGAGAAGGUAUGACAGUGAAAGCAGCUGUUACCGAGUGAUGUCUCAAUGUGAAGGCAGGAUCAUUCCCAGGCUUCUCUUAUUGGGAAGGAGGAUUGCUGUUUAAGGAAAUGGAAAACUUGCUUGCUUGGGUUAUGUGGUGGUGAAGGGUCAUAUAUGGGAGCAAACUCUAGUCUCGUUAUCCCCAACAGCCCUCGUUGUCCUUUUUGGAAAAAACAAGGGCUUGGUUCAUCAGUCCGACUAGGCAUGGUUAAAGGUGGGGAGCGUAUGUGUGUGUAACUAAAAUAUCAACUGUCUGGGUUGAAAAGUACAUGCUCAGCACCUGAAUAAUUAUGAGAAUCACUGGAAAAAAUCUUCUUAAAAGGACUAAGAGAUAUGGAGGAAUGGCUUCCUUGAAGACCUUGAAGACGAACGUACACAGUUCCAGUGUGUAGUCCUUUGGAAUUGGUGGACCUUAGUUUGGUAGGAUGUGUUUCACUGAUGUCUCGGCUUUGAAUCAGUCCACUUCUCCCCCUUUCUUCCCCAGGAGAGGCUAAAUUUUAGUCACUUAUUUUGCCUGCGUGUGUUUUUUUUAAAGAUACUUAUGGGUGUGGUAAAAGCCCCAAGCAAACAAUCACAUCACCAUCAAUCACUUCAAAAAUUAAAAAAAAAAAGGCAAGCAAUGAAUGUGUAGCACAUUUUUAAUCCGUUCAGGUGCUGGGAUUAUGUAUCCAGCUGCCUUCACUCUUUUCUUUCUUCACAUAUCUGUCCGUGGUAACCCAAGAACCCGAGUGAGCUGGGACGGCAUCGCUAGCGUGAGCACUCUUAAUAGCAAGAGAGGAGAGCUCCGCUUCUCCCUGGUGUUGGAUGCGGACACGGGCAGGGAAGGAGCUCGCUCCAUCCUCGGAGCCUUCCUGGUGCAGGGAGCCUGUCCCGUGGCGGCUGCCGCUUCCAGAUUCCGGAGUACCUGAGAUACAUCGGGGUGCUCGUGGCAGCACGUGUGCAGAUGUGGGGAGCGCUAAUGUCACGCAGGCGUAGGGAAAAAUGCCUGAAUUGACUGGAAUGGAUGCAAUAAAAUGAGGAAAUGGUACACCCGGGCCUGGAGUGUCCUCUUAUGUGGAAAGGUUGGUCCUCUUUGAGGUCAGGGCCUUGUGGCCACACUUUGAACUUUGCUCAUGGAGAGGUCUGGCUUCCUGCCUUGAAGUGGGAUAUUUCUGGGUUUUCC